CGCAUCCUUUGUACUUUGUAAUUCUUGUUCCUCUCGCGAAGGAUCCUCGUCUUUACAGUUUACUCAAGCUUCUUGAUCAAUGACAAAAAUUCAAUUUCACACCAACGAUUAUAAUCUGCACAUUUGACACGAUUUGCCUACAAAUACACUUGGAUUCUUGGCCAUUCAAACCCUGGAAACGAUCCUUCAAAUCACAUUAUACUGUUUUUGGCCUUCUGAGCUGUUUUUGUAUGAACUGUUUUCCGAGGGAUUUGCUGAGAUUUUUUGGUGGGUUUAUGGAGAAUUAUAGUAUUAAUGAUGCUUCAGGAAAGCUUGAUAGGAAAACUGUUGAGAGGAACAGAAGGAUUCGCAUGAACGGUCUCAUUCAUGAGCUUACAUCUCUUGUUCCUCCCCAGCAUUUUGUGCCAUCCAAGGAACAGCUUUCCCAACGAGAUCAGAUUGAUCAAGUUGCUGCUUAUAUCAUGCAAUUAAAGGACAGAGUAGAGAAACUGAGGAAGACAAAAGAGCUAGUAAAGAGAAAAAUUAAAACAAAGGGCUCUAAUACCGGAAAUUCAGCCAUUCCGGGAUCAAGAAUUCGAGUUGUGAAAAUCAGAGAAAUUGGUUCAAGCUUAGAAGUGGUUUUAGUAACUGGUUUGGGGAAGAACUUUGGGUUACACGAAGUCAUCAUAGUUCUUGAAGAACAAGGAGUGGAAGUAGUUAGCAUUAGCAUUUCUACCAUGGACAAUAGAAUUUGUCACAUAUUGCAUGCUCAGGUUAAAGUUUCUAGACUUGGCGUAGAUACUUUGACAAUUUACGAUAGACUGCAGAAGUUGAUCAAUUAGGACACUUGAUUUUACAACGAACGAAUGAGGAAGAAGAAGUGAUUGCUUUGAAGGGCAGUGAAAAACUAAAUAAAUAAAACAAGCAAACAGAUAUACCUUCGUGAACGGAAUUAUUUUUGUCUCUGCUUAAGAUCUAGUUCCUCAUCUUCCUUGCAAUUUUUGAGUCCUGCUAUCAUAGUUGAUGUAAAGAUGGAGGACUUUUGUUAAUAUGUAAGGAGUUUAUGUACGAGUUAUUUCAUCUUUUCUUGAGUUCACAGUGUGUAUUUUUGGUUUUUAAUAAGAUUAAAAUUUAGUCCGUAA